UUUUUAUAUCAUAUAGAUAUGUAAUUAUUUCGAUUUAAAUAGUGUCAUGUAUUUUGCCUACAGGGGGCCGUUAUCCUAAGUACUAUAUCAUCGCUUAUCUAUCUAUCAAUUAAUGUUAUAUUUCAUACUUUACAAAUAAAAGUCAAUGUGAGGAACUUCCUGUUGGAUCAGAAAAGUAAAAUGCCACAAAAUUUAAAGUCAGUUGUACAGCAUAAGUACGAAAAAGAGGGAUGUGAAUUGAGAGCACGAAAUAAACGCUGUAGUUUUUGUCUCAAUCGUGAUGCAUAUGGGUUAUUUUACGAAUACGUACUAUACCAUUUCAAUGUUAUAAAUUCCAGCUAUUGCGAAAUGCAAUCUUCUUGAUAAAAACUUCUUUUCAAUAUUUUUAUUGUAAGUUAUUUAAAUGUCUUAAAUUUUCAAUUUAACACUGGGAUAUCCGAAUCAAAAGCGUAUAUUAAAAAUGUACAAAAUUGCGGAAAAUCAUCUUUUUAAAGCAGAUCUUAAUAUUCUGUGCCAAGCUAAGAGCGAAGACAAUUCUUGUCAUUCAUUUCGAGCAAUUAUUAUAAUUGACUUUCAUACUACCUUAAUAUUUACUUUGAAUAAUGGCAUCCGAUGAAUUUCAAAUUCAAAAUAUUUACCGUUAUUCUAGAAAAUCUUUCAGAAAUCAUCAGAACCCUAUAGAUAACUACGCACCGAGCCCAAGGGAAGACGCAGAUUCUGACGCGGCCGAUUCAUCGCCUAGAAACGACAUAAGAUUUGAUGAAAUAAGGCUCGCCACUGCCGGCUGCAGUUGCGACCUAGACCCUGAAGCUGAAAUAGCCAAUAUUCUUCAUAAAAAAUGUCCAGUCAUCGCCUUGGCCCAGCAACAACUUCAAAAGCUUUUAGACGAAACAGAUAGAUUUCUUUGCGAUAACGCGCGGUUGAAUUAUAAAUCUCCCUACGAUGUUGUUUGCUUAUGCAAAGAAACUUUAAUGAACUUGAACAAAUGGGAAUAUAUAAUAAUGAUUUUACUUGUGUCAGCAUUCCUCUUUGGUCUAAUCAUAGGGGCAGCUUCUUGUAAGUCUCAGCAUGGCAAAUUUAAUAGCCAUUUAUUGACGUGCAUAGAUAAUUUACUCACUUUUGAUGCUUACACUACUGAUAAAAGUUUUCGCGCUAUAACAUAAUCCAUACAAUUUUUAAUUAAGACAUACAAACAGAAUAAGUUUGUUUUUUAAGAGUUACCUGUUGUAUUGAAUGACAUAUUUUUUUAUUUUGUUCAUUAGUUAUUAUUUAUAUUUGGGAAUAAAAUAUUGGUAAGAUUAAUGUUUGAUUUUCAGCUAAAAAUCAGUCUUGUAAAUGUACAGUCAGCUGUAUAAAAAGUAUACCUUUACUAACCUUUAUAGGCCUUCGGAUUAUAAAAAAGCACUUGCAUGUAUUUAUGGUCAGAACCAUACUUAUAGAUAUGUGCAUACAUGUAAUUGAAACCAAAUGCAUAAACAAGAAUUUAGGCAUAAUUAGCUUAGAUUUAAAACUUUUUUAAAGUAAACAUAAUUAAGCAGCUGACUGUACCUACGAAAAUCAUUGCUUUAAACUUUCUUGUAGGUGCUAAUUAACCUGUAAUUAGUAUAGAGAAGAACCAACUUUACAGCAAAUAUCAUAAGUAAAACUUUAUAAUAAAUGACAUCCCUUAGUGACCACUUAACAAACUCUUAUUUACACUAUCCAACAAUGGAUUUGAAAGCGGGACUGGAAUAAUGUAAUGUAGGCUUUACUGUAAAAUAAAUCGAAAUUUAAUAGACAAGCAAUUUUUCAUGUGAGAUCUCUACAAAUAAAGAUUACUCGUAUUUACAAACAUCAUAAGUUAAAAAUAUAUGUUAUAUUGUUGUUCAUUACUAGACAUAAAUCUAAUGCUGAGAGUGCAUAUGUGAACCAGUAUUAUAGGUUUCAAAGAUCUUGGAGGUUCAGAUUAUAACAUAAUUCUAGGUCCAGCACGGCAUCAGAGGAUGCAGCAGUUCGCAAUGUAUUAAAUACUGUGUUCCAUUGCAAUGUGAUAAGAACUUUGCCUGCUUCAAAUUACAGUAACCCAGUAGCAUACAAAAUUAGAACUGGAAUUCAACUAGCAUAAUGUAGACAUUAACUAGUGCCAUUAAGCAUUCCAGUUCCUGAAAUUGAAAUGGCUGUCUAGUUUGAUUCGAGUUCAGCUAUUCCCACACAACUGGAAUAAUGUAGACAGAAAUAUCAGUGUCAGGUUUUAUGUGGACUGCAAAUUGGAAGUAAAAGCCUAGAGAAUGAAAAAUCUAUCAAAGUUUUUUAUCGCUUUUCGAUUUUGAAUACAAAUGUAUUCUGUACUAAAUUUUGUGUAGGUUUAUAAAGUAAUUUCAACUGCUUUUUGGAACUCACUGUCGCAGAGUGGAUGAUUCAACAGCUUUUAUUGGCCUCAUCAUUUAAACACUAUCAAUGGUCAUAGCAGUCUAGUUCAACACAAUUUGGUUAUUUUACUGUAAUUUUAUCAACCAGGCACUAGUGUUAUAAAAGUUUUAAAAACUAGC